CCACAAUGCCUUCGUUCCUUGUGUGACCUUUCGGUGAUUUCCGCUAAAGUCGGUGUGUGAGUGUGUGUUGCAUGGUGGGAACGAUGGCCGCUUCAAAGCCCAUCGAACCUGAGGCCGGGUCUGGUCUGCCCCGGUGGCAGCUGGCGCUGCUGAUCGGGACCCCCAUCGUGCUCGGGGUCGGAGCCGCGUACCUGUGGGGCAGGAACCGGAACGGGAGUCAGGCCGGGAGCCGGGGGAAAGACCAGCCGAGUGAGCGCAAUGAGGAGAGGAAAACUCCCGAAGGCAGCGAGCAGGACAACAUGAGCCUUUUGGAUAAGGCACAGCUUGCUAAGAACAGGGGCAACAAGUUUUUCAAGGUUGGCAAGUUCGAGCAUGCCAUCCGUUUCUACACCGAGGCCAUCAUCCUGUGCCCCAAAGAACAGAAGAGUGACCUCUCCACCUUCCACCAGAACAGAGCUGCAGCAUUCGACCAACUGGGAAAAUGGAUUGAAGUGGUGGAGGAUUGUACUAAGGCUGUGGAAAUGAACCCGCGCUACGUCAAAGCGCUGUUCAGGCGUGCCAGAGCGCUGGAAAAACUAGACAACAGAAAAGAGUGUCUGGAAGAUGUGACGGCCGUAUGCAUACUGGAAGCCUUUCAGAACCAGCAAAGCAUGCAACUGGCGGACCGAGUGCUGAAACAGAUGGGACAAGAGAAAGCCAAGGAGAAAUACAAGAACCGGGAGCCUUUAAUGCCAUCGCCUCAGUUUAUCAAGUCCUACUUCAGCUCCUUCACUGAUGACAUCAUCUCGCAACCGCUCCAGAAGGGGGAGAAGAAGGACGAGGACAAGGAUAAGGAGGGCGAGGCUGCAGAGGUCACAGAGAGCUCGGGAUAUCUGAAGGCUAAGCAGUACAUGGAAGAGGAAAACUACGACAAGAUCAUUAGUGAGUGCACUAAGGAGAUUGAAUCUAAUGGCAGACACACCGCUGAAGCUCUGCUGCUAAGAGCUACAUUCUACCUGCUCAUUGGCAACGCCACAGCCGCCCAGCCCGACCUGGACCAAGUCAUCAACAUGCAGGAUGCUAAUGUUAAGUUGCGAGCAAACGCUCUGAUUAAACGGGGCAGCAUGUACAUGCAGCAGCAGCAGCCGAAGCUCUCCUCGGAGGACUUCGACAUGGCAGCUACAAUAGAUCCUCGGAAUUCCGAUGUCUAUCACCACAGGGGACAGCUGAAGAUCCUGCUGGACAAGGUUAGGGAAGCAGUGGAAGAUUUUGAUGAGUGUAUUCUGCUCAGGCCUGACUCUGCACUGGCACAGGCACAGAAGUGCUUUGCUCUGUACAGACAGGCUUACACUGGAAACAAUGCGUCUCAAGUGCAGUCAGCCAUGAACGGCUUCGAGGAUGUCAUCAGAAGGUUCCCAACAUGUGCAGAAGGUUAUGCCCUUUAUGCACAGGCACUGACUGACCAGCAGCAGUUUGGGAAGGCAGACGAGAUGUACGACAAAUGUAUUGAACUGGAGCCUGAUAAUGCCACAACUUAUGUCCAUAAAGGGCUGCUGCAACUCCAGUGGAAACAGGACUUGGACACGGGGUUGGAACUGAUUAGCAAAGCCAUCGAGAUUGACAACAAAUGCGACUUUGCCUAUGAAACGAUGGGAACCAUAGAAGUUCAGAGAGGAAACCUGGACAAGGCCAUAGAUAUGUUCAACAAGGCCAUUAACCUCGCCAAGUCUGAGAUGGAGAUGGCCCAUCUGUACUCACUUUGUGACGCUGCCUAUGCACAGACCGAGGUGGCCAAGAAGUACGGGCUCAAGCCCCCGACAUUGUAACCCUCCACCACCAAUCCCACAUCUACUGCUGAGCCUGAGUAUCUUAUAUCCAUGAACAUUUAUUUCAUUUUUUGUGUAAGGUGUUAAUCUAUCAUCACGAGAGAGAAUGCGAAGUCUGCUCUGGAAAUGUGAGAUUACGUUUACCUCAUUCGGAUUAGGGUAGAAAGAAAAUCCAAGCGAGGAGUGAGCCGAGUGAAGGGAGAAAUGAAACGGUGAGAAAGAGAAAUCAGUUCUCAACUGCCUGGCACUUGUGGUGAAAACUAAUUCCACCAUUCAUAAGGCAUGCACACAUUUCACUUAGUGCCACUCCUUAUGUGCCCUUUUGAAAUCCCUAAAUAAUUUGAAGUAUUGUAAUAUCAAUCUAUGCUAAAAAAAAAAAAUCUAUAUAUUGUUAGUAAUUUCAGACAAAUUCCCCUAAAGGCUUAAUGCUUUUCAUCUUCUUUUUUUUUUUAUUGAAUCACACAUUUUCAAUGGUCAUCUGUGUGCACACUGUUGAAAAAAUGUUAUUUUUGCUUGUUGUUGUGAUACAUUUGUUCAGAUGUUCCUGACAGUUUAGCCAUUAAAUACACAUCAUUGUUUUAUGAGAAGUACAGGAUGCAGUGUUUCAGUAAAGUUCUCUAAUCCACGUGUAACAA